AUGCUGAGCAAGUUCAAUGUUAAGCAAGUUGGUACCCUUGAAGAGAGGAUCGUUCAUCUAGGCAUGGAUGAGGGUCUGAAAUUGCUGAAGGCAUCAUUGGAAUCCAAUGCAGUUCUCACCAAUGUGUUCCUUUGUGGGCAGUUAACACCAUAUCCUUUUCAGCCCAUUGAAGUUCCUUUGUGGAUGAUUUCAAGGCUUACACUGAAAUCUGUUUUAGAACAUUUGGAGACAGGGUAA